AUGCGGGACAAAAUCUUCCGUCCGACGCACGCCAGGACCUUUAAUGUCGAAAACUUCAAAGCCUCUCUUCCUCGCAUGAGCUGGAGCCUGCGCAACACUUACGCGCACUGGCUGCGCCAGUUCACCCCCCUGCGCUACGUGCUCGACAAGAACGAGUACGUGAACACCCUGCCGUGGCGGCGGUUCCAAGCAAAGAAGCUCACACGCGCAUACCACGGCGACUACAUCAACGAGAAGAUCUUCAAGCGGUGGUACCUCCCCGACACGCUGCCCGACGUGCGGUCUGAGGCUCUCGUGGGCGUGCAGGCGGCUGCGAAGGACGUCGCGCUGGAGAGGUGGGCGAUGAAGAACUCGGGGCGGGAGCGGCUGCUCGAGAAGGAGCGCAGGAAGGGCAUUGCGCCCGUCGGGAGCUUGAUGUGGGCGGAAAUCGAGCGGCGGAUAGACAUCGUCAUCUUCCGUGCGUGCUUUGCGUCGAGCGUGUACGAGGCGCGGCGGAUGGUCAUCCAUGGGGACGUGCUGCUCAAUGGGAAGAAGCACACGGACGCGAACACGCGUCUCGCGCCAGGUGACCUGGUCUCCGUCGACCCUAAGGCCAUCCGCUUCUUGCAACCAGGAGCUCGACGAGAGGUCAAGGAGGAGGAUGAAGACGCGUCAGAGGAGGUUGAGUCCGAGGCCAGCGCCGCGGCCGAGGGUGAAGCCACGGAAACGGAGAAAGUCGCAGCAGAGGAGAAGCCGUCGAAGUGGGAAUCCAAAAGCGAGCGGGAACUGAGGAACGCUGACCCUUGCACUCCCAUCUCCGGCCCCGGGCUUACACCCUUCCGCCUACCGGAGUACGCGGCACCACAUAUCUUCGUCCCAGCCUACCUCGAGCCCUCCUUCGCGACUUGCUCGGUCAUCUACCUCCGCCACCCGACUGCUCGCCCUGGAUACUCGGAGAUUCCGACGCCGUACGAAGCUGACGGGAACGUGAUGCGCCUGGCAUGGGAGUGGUACUCGAAGCGUAGGAUGCGGAUGCGAAGCAAGAAGCAGAUGGCGCGGUCGCCCGAGAACAGGCAAUAG